AUGGCGGGCGCGGUCCCGGUCCCGGUCCCGGUCCCGGGUUCCUCCCAGUGGGCCGAGUCGCUGAGGGCGGACGGGGAGACCGACAAGCAGUGGCGGCACCGGCGACAGUUCCUGCUCCGCAACGCCGGGGACCUGCCGGGGCCCCCGGGCCGCCCCCGCUCCCUCCGCCUGCAGCGCCUCGUCUCCUACUCCCUGGCCUGGGCCAACCACGUCUUCCUCGGCUGCCGGUACCCGCCAAGCGUCAUGGAAAAGAUCCUGCGGAUGGCCGAAGGCAUCCAAGUGACCGACGCCCCGGCCCACACGACGCGCGACGAGCUGGUUGCCAAGGUGAAGAAAAGAGAGCUCUCGAGUAGCAACGAAGGGCUAGAGGAGCCCGGCAGGAAGCGAGCCUCGCCGGAGGGACGGACGGACGCCCCGACGCCGAAGGCCGGAGCGGAGGAGAGCGGGGCGGCGGCGGGGGGGAGUCCCGCUCGCGGGGCCGGGCCGGACGCCCCCGGGCCCGCCGCCUCGGAGGGGAGCCCCGGCGCGGCCCGGACGGCCGAGCCCGGCCCGCCCGAGCCGCCGGGCCCGGCCGAGGUGCGGGUGCCGUUGCUGGGCUCCCCGGACGGCUCGGACGGGGAGCCGCCCGCGCCGGGGCCCGAGUCCGCCGCCGGCCCCCCGCCGGCCCCCAAGGCCGGGCCGGAGCCGUCCGGGCCCCCGGCCGAGGCCGGCGGCGGGCCCCCCUCGGCGCCCCGGAGCGGCUCCCCGGCCGGCCCGCCGCUCCUCGGGGCCCGGGCCGCGGGCUCGCCGCCGGCGGCCUCCCCGUGGCGGCGGCGGCGGCGGCGGCGGCGGCGGCGGCCCCGUCCCGGGGCGCGUCCGCCGUGGAGGGUCCGGCCCGCCCCCCCCCGCCGGCUGACCCACGAGGACGUGAAGCAGAAGCAGCCCUUCUUCAACCGGCUCUACAAGACCGUGGCCUGGAAGCUGGUGGCCGCGGGCGGCUUCGGCGCCGCCGUGAACCCCGGCGAGCUCCUGGCGGCGGCCGUGGAGGCCCUGAAGGCCACGCUGGACGUGGCCUUCGUGCCCCUGAAGGAGCUGGCCGACCUGCCGCAGGGCAAGGGCUCGCAGGAGAGCGUGGUGUGCGAGCUGCGCUGCCAGUCCGUCUACCUGGGCACGGGCUGCGGGAAGAGCCGCGACAACGCCCGGGCCGUGGCCUCGCGGGAGGCCCUCAAGCUCUUCCUCAAGAAGAGGGUCGUGGUGAAGAUCUGCAAGCGCCGGUACCGCGGCGGCGAGAUCGAGGACCUGGUGCUCCUGGACGAGGAGGCGCGGCCCGCCGCCCUGCCCCCGGCCCUCCGCCACCCGCAGGACCCGGCGGGCCCCUAGCUAUUUUUAUGGAAAAAGCUGUACGCGGUUUUUAAAUCCGAAAGAUUAAGAGGUAUUUAACGUCAUUCCCCCCCCCCCCGCCCCGGCGGGUCGCCGCGGUGACUCCGAGCGGAUCCGCUUAGGCCCCGAGGGGAGAUACGGCGGACGCUCCUUGGGUUUCCCCGUUCCGUCGCCGUCUGUUUUUUUUUUGGUUUUUUUUUUUCCCCUUUCCUCUUCUUUUUUCUAAAUAAACGUGGAUUUCUACAGUAAGCGCAAUUUGGUGACCGCCGCUGUAAAGACCUGGCCCGUUUAGCUAUUAAACGCUUCGAGCUGUUUUACCUUUUCAAGAA